AGACUGAUGUUCUUCUCGCCUGUCUCGCCACAAGCAGAGGACAUUCUUUUUUUGUUUACUUUUUAUCUAACAUUUUAAAUCACCAGGACUCCAUACGGAGCUUUUUUUGUAUCCGGCGCAGCCUCAGAGCACCUUGCCAUGAGCAUCACACGGCUGGAGACCUAAACAGUCGGGUCUGGAACAGGGGAAGAUGCCUCAUGGACCGCUCCAUCACCGCCAGUGCGCCAGUUCAGGGCAUCCCAAACGCCGAAUAACAAAGAAAUGCCGAGGUUUAGCGCCAAAUGGAUGGCUGCGGUGGUGCUGAUCCUCCUGGUCAGCGGUGCUUUCUUCUUCUGCGAGUAUCUCAUCUACUACCCGACCAUCCUCAAGUGCGCCUGGCCGAAGAUCAGCCAUGCCCGGGGCGGAGAGGGCAUCGACGGCCGGCCGAUUGACUCAACGGUCCGCGCUAUGGUGCUAUCGGACACCCACCUGCUCGGAGCCGUCGGGGGACAUUGGUUCGACAAGCUGAGGAGGGAAUGGCAGAUGGAGAGGGCUUUCCAGACCGCUUUGUGGCUGCUUAAGCCCGAAAUAGUGUUUAUUCUCGGGGAUAUCUUCGACGAAGGCAAGUGGAGCUCGCAGAAGCACUGGGAGGAUGACGUGCGCCGCUUCCACAGGAUGUUUAGACACUCCACUGACACAGAACUGGUUGUCCUGGUUGGAAAUCAUGACAUUGGUUUCCAUUAUGAGAUGGACUGGUUUAAGCUGCAGCGCUUCGAGAAGGUUUUCAAUGCUUCCUCCACCAGGAUUGUCACCAAAAAGGGAGUCAACUUUCUGCUGGUGAACAGCGUGGCCCUGCAUGGCGACGGCUGUCCCAUCUGCCAGUCGGUGGAGAAGGAGCUGCUCAAACUCUCCAGAGACCUCAACUGUUCUCUUCAGAACUCGCAGUCGGGCAGCGGAGUGACGGACAGCUGUGAAGGCUCACAGCUCUAUCCCCCCACACCCCCCGUCAUGUUACAGCACUAUCCUCUGUACAGAGUGAGCGACGCCAGCUGUACAGGACUAGAUGCUGCACCGCCUGAAGAGCGACACCUGCUGUUCAGAGAGAAGUAUGACGUGUUGUCUAAGGAGGCCUCACAGCGGCUGCUGCAGUGGUUUAAGCCCCGCCUCAUCCUGAGUGGACACACCCACAGCGGAUGUGAGGUUCUCCAUGACAACAAGUACCCAGAAAUCAGCGUGCCGUCCUUCAGCUGGAGGAACAGAAACAACCCCAGCUUCAUCUUGGCGUCGGUGUCACCCGGCAGUUACGCUCUGUCCAAGUGUUUCCUGCCAGAGGAGAGCACGGUGAUCAGCGUUUACUGCUCGGCCGGCGCCUGCAUGCUGCUGCUGUUCCUGGCUCACUGUCUGUGGAUGAAAGGCCUGCUGCAGUGCCUCAGCCUAUGCCUGCUGGGGAAGCACAAGUCUCUGUGAACUACGUUACCCAGAGCACACCAGGACAAAUCCAGGAGAGUAGAGAUCAAUGGACUUGGUAAAUACUUGAUGUGAGGAUUUGCAAAUGUGACGUUCCUCUUCUGAACGGGUUAAAAAUUUGUUCGUACAACCUUGAUUUGUUUGUCCAAAUAUUUUUAAAGACA